AUGUUAGUGUUCUCUUUGGAAUCGGCCACAUUGUUAGCCGUCGUAUUUUUAGUGCUAUUUUUCCAGAAGUUGACGACAUUAGUGGGUAAAGGCAAUAUUUCAGAUUGGGCAUGGUAUGGUUAUAGGAAGUAUGCGGUAAGCAUCGGAGAUGCCGAAAUCAGCAGUUUAGCCGCCAAAUCAAAGGAGUUGAACGAAGUGAAUAAGGAGAAGAAGUCAAUUAGUGCACAAGAUGAGUACGCCAGGUGGACAAAAUUGAAUAGAAAAUCAGAUCAGCUUACAAAUGAGCUUAAGACAUUAAAUGAGCAAUUAAUACUGAAGAAGAGCGUUUUGACAAAAUAUGUGAAUUUUAUUAUUAUGCUUACAACCACAAUUCCUCUUUGGUUCAUAAGAUAUUGGUAUAGAAAGACAGUUUUAUUUUACUUACCGAAAGGUGUUUUUCCUCCUCUGAUAGAGUGGUUUCUCGCUCUUCCAUUCACUCAGGUGGGAGGUAUAGGGUUGACGGUAUACAUCUUUUCUGUUAAUUCUGUUUUAUCAGACUUAUUCUUCUUAUUAAGCUUCCCUUUUUCUAAAUCAGUUGAUGAGCCCGAAGAGCCCUUAAAGAAUGAGAUUCCUAUUGGAGAAAAGGAUUAG